AUGGCUGAACAGCACCCCCGCACCCUCUACACAAAGGAGCUCAUCCACAAAGGCCGUGGCUAUCCGUUUUGGUAUCCAGAGCCAGACUCCAGCGCAUCAGCUGAGUUCAAGGAAAGAGGCAUAUAUCCUGGGGAUGUAGGGAUUCUUAACAAUGAUGGGGGUUUCAACUUUCUCUUCAAUAUCUUCGGCGAUGCUAAUGGUCGAAUUGAUGAGCGACGAGUACCUCCUGGCUUUCAACCUCUCCCUGAACCGACCUCACGGGAUGUACAAAUUUCGCCAGCCCACGGAGAUGUUCUUAAAAGUCAGCAUGUAUCCUGCAGAGAGGUUUCGGCAGGCGCUUCUGCUCAGGGUUUGCAGAGCAUUCAAGUGGAUGCUGGUGUCUCCUUUGAUGUUAGCAUUAUGGAGGCAUCCGCAGCAAUCCUGUUCCUUCCAAAUUGUUCAACAAAGUAUGAGGCUCUGAACAAAGCACCAAUCAAAGAUUACGCUCAAUGA